AUUUUUAUUUUUAUUUUUUGGUUUUUUGUGUCUGAAGAAAAUGAAUCAGAUUGGGGACGAAUGAGCCUUCGUCUCGGGCUUCGCACACUCUCCGAUCGUCUUUCUCGUCUGCUCGUGCUCCCUGCACCCACCGUCCUUCUCCGCCCUCAAUUUCUCCGACGCCUCGAAAAAUCUGCAUCCGAAAUUGAAGGUUUAAGGUCGAAGUCAAUUCGUACUACAGUUACAGCCGCGGCUUCUUUUUCAUCCAUGGCUUCAUCUUUCUACCCGGAAAAAGCUCGAGUGCCGCCAGCUGUUCAGUCGCCAGCUCCUCCCAUCACCAAGUUUAAAAUCGGAUUGUGCCAGUUGAAAGUGACAGCUGACAAAGAGAAGAAUAUCUUGCAUGCGCGAACUGCAAUAGAGGAGGCUGCUGAAAAGGGGGCGAAGCUUGUUGUGUUGCCUGAAAUAUGGAACAGUCCUUAUUCAAAUGAUAGCUUCCCACUAUAUGCUGAGGAUAUAGAUGCUGGUUUUGAUACAUCACCAUCCACGGCAAUGUUGUCUGAAGUUGCGCGUCUCCUCAAUAUCACAAUUAUUGGAGGUUCAAUACCAGAAAGGACUGGCGAUAAGCUGUACAACACGUGUUGUGUUUUUGGAUCGGAUGGAAAGCUUAAAGCUAAACAUCGCAAGAUACACCUAUUUGAUAUUGACAUUCCUGGUAAGAUCACCUUCAAGGAGUCAAAGACUCUUACAGCUGGGGAGACUCCUACCACGGUAGACACAGAGGUUGGCCGAAUUGGAAUUGGCAUCUGCUAUGACAUUAGAUUUCAGGAACUGGCUAUGAUCUAUGCAGCAAGAGGUGCUCAGUUGAUUUGUUAUCCUGGAGCAUUCAACAUGACUACAGGACCUUUGCACUGGGAGUUACUGCAAAGGGCACGGGCCGUGGACAAUCAGUUAUAUGUAGCGAGUUGUUCUCCUGCUCGAGAUGCUGGUGCUGGGUACGUUGCAUGGGGCCAUUCUACACUCAUUGGUCCUUUUGGAGAAGUGUUGGCAACUACCGAGCACGAUGAGGCGAUUAUUAUCUCAGAAAUUGACUAUUCACAGAUAGAGCUCAGGAGAACAAACCUGCCGCUAGAGAAGCAAAGGCGAGGCGACCUUUACCAGUUGGUGGAUGUCCAGAGAUUGGGAAAAUCAGAGUGAAUGCUAAUAAACAAAAAAAAAAUAAAAAAAAAUAGAUAAAUAAAAAACAACAUCUAUUUGUAAGCAAUUUCAUUACCCUUGAGUGUACACUCCUUGUUUCCUUAAUAAACCGAAAUCCAGCCUUGAGAACUUCAUAAAAGUUUCAUUUAUCUUAUAGUAUUCUCUUGAAUUCCUUUAUUUUUCCACUAUAUUUGAAUCAAAAUGCAGCUUGUAAUAAUUCCCAAACACAAAGCUGAUGGAUUAGAGGAACAAAGAUUUGUGGUGUGGGACAAAAGUGAACUUGUCUUCAAGCACACGCUCAUAUCUAUGCAAUGGCCGCAUGCUUUGCUCUUUGGAAUACACUAAAAAGUGAG